CCGAGGGGCAGCUGCUGAACCAGAAGGCCCACCCAGCCUGGCCGUUCCGCCCAGGAUCAAGCCCACUGCCCAGGGUGGAGGUGCCUGUCUGAUGGGGAGAGAUGGCUGAUGCCCAGAACAUUUCACUGGACAGCCCCGGGAGCGUGGGUGCCAUGGCAGUGCCUGUGGUCUUUGCCCUAAUCUUCCUGCUGGGCACAGUGGGCAAUGGGCUGGUGCUGGCUGUGCUCCUGCAGCCUGGCCGGAGUGCCUGGCAGGAACCCGGCAGCACCACGGAUCUGUUCAUCCUCAACCUGGCGGUGGCUGACCUCUGCUUCAUCCUGUGCUGCGUGCCCUUCCAGGCCGCCAUCUACACGCUGGAUGCCUGGCUCUUCGGGGCCCUCGUCUGCAAGGCUGUGCACCUGCUCAUCUACCUCACCAUGUACGCCAGCAGUUUCACGCUGGCUGCUGUCUCAGUGGACAGGUACUUAGCCGUGCGGCACCCGCUGCGCUCGCGGGCCCUGCGCACGCCACGCAACGCCCGCGCCGCGGUGGGGCUGGUGUGGCUCCUGGCGGCGCUCUUCUCGGCGCCCUACCUCAGCUACUACGGCACCGUGCGCUACGGCGCGCUGGAGCUCUGCGUGCCCGCCUGGGAGGACGCGCGCCGCCGCGCCCUGGACGUGGCCACCUUCGCCGCCGGCUACCUGCUGCCCGUGACCGUGGUGAGUCUGGCCUACGGGCGCACCCUGCGCUUCCUGUGGGCCGCCGUGGGACCCGCGGGUGCGGCGACGGCCGAGGCGCGGCGGAGGGCGACGGGCCGCGCGGGGCGUGCCAUGCUGGCGGUGGCCGCGCUCUACGCGCUCUGCUGGGGCCCGCACCACGCGCUCAUCCUGUGCUUCUGGUACGGCCGCUUCGCCUUCAGCCCUGCCACCUACGCCUGCCGCCUGGCCUCGCACUGCCUGGCCUACGCCAACUCCUGCCUCAACCCGCUCGUCUACGCGCUCGCCUCGCGCCACUUCCGCGCGCGGUUCCGCCGCCUGUGGUCGUGCGGCCGCCGACGCCGCCACCGCGCGCGCCGCGCCCUCCGUCGCGUCCGCCCUGUGUCCUCGGGCCCCGUCGGCUGCCCAGGAGAUGCCCGGCCUCGCGGGAGGCUGCUGGCAGGCGGCGUCUGGGGCCCGGAGCUCAGGGAGGGACCCGCCCGCGACGGAGAGGCUGCCCGAGGGCCGGAAUAAACACUGCCGUCUGGACUCUGCUGGUGUCGGUCUGUCUCACUUCCCUUCUCCGAGGGCGGGACGCCACCAGGCCAGGGAUGGGGCAAGGCCACCAGCUAUCUAAGGAGUGUUGAGUGGAGCGACUUGUCCCCGCUCCAUGGUGGAGCACCAGCUCAGCGGACACCCCUGGGUGUCAAAAUAGCACAGCCCGCAGAGCCUGCCUGUAGCCAGCCUGGCAGUCCCUCUGCCCAUCCUUCCACCUGGGUGACACCUUCUAGGCCCUGCUUCCUCCAC